GUGCCAAAAUCCUUAUUCCCAAACCCCAACUACCUCCCCGGCGCCUCUCUUCGUCGUCCCCUGCCUUAUAUACGAGUCGAGGCGGACGAGGCACGGAUGGGAAUCGCCUCCUCUUCGUCCUCAAGCCCGGAAUCCAGAGCUAUGGCGCUCACCAAGGCCAAGGAGAUCGUCGCCUCCGCGCCCGUCGUCGUCUUCAGCAAGUCUUACUGCCCUUUCUGCGUCCGUGUGAAGCAGCUGUUCGAGAAACUGGGGGCAACCUUCAAGGCCAUUGAGCUGGAUGUGGAAAGUGAUGGAUCUGAGCUCCAGGAUGCUCUCAAGGAAUGGACUGGACAGAGGACUGUCCCAAAUGUCUUCAUCAGUGGGAAGCAUAUCGGUGGCUGCGACGAUACCAUGGCACUGAACAAUGAUGGGAAGCUGGUGCCGCUGCUGACUGAGGCUGGAGCGAUCGCCGGUUCUACCUCAAAAAAAACCACCACCACCACUGCUUAGCUCGACGUGAGAGUUUUCCUGUGCUAUAAAUAAGGGGUGCUGGACUUGUAUGCUAUCAAAGUGUCAAGUACUAUGCUGACUGUUAGUCCCCGUGUUGAACCACCCAGACAUCAGUCAAGUUGCAUGCCUGCUCUAGUAGUAAUGAAUUUCAUAUUAUGAAGUCCGCUGUCGUUGUGAUGUUCA